AUGUUAUUUUAUCUUUUAUUUUAAGUGAUGCCAAAUCAAACCUCAGUCACUGAAUUUCUACUCUUGGGAGUGACAGACAUCCAACAAAUAUGGCCUUUUCUCUUUGUUGUCUUCCUUACAAUGUACAUUGUCAAUGUGGCUGGAAAUGGAGCUAUCUUGCUGAUAGUCAUCACUGAUUCAAAACUACAUUCCCCUAUGUAUUUCUUCCUGGGAAACCUCUCGUAUCUAGAUAUAUGCUUCUCCACAGUGACAUUGCCAAAGAUGCUAGAGAACUUCCUCUCUACACACAAAGCUAUUUCUUUCUCGGGAUGCAUCACCCAGCUUCAUUUCUUCCAUUUCCUGGGUAGCACAGAGGCUAUGUUGUUGGCCUUGAUGGCCUUCGACCGUUAUGUGGCUAUCUGCAAACCACUUCAUUACACUGUCAUCAUGAAUCAUCAACUAUGUAUCCAGAUGGCUGUCUCUGCCUGGACCAUUGCUUUCUUCCAUGCCCUUCUUCAUGCUGUAAUGACCUCUCACUUGAGCUUCUGUGGUUCUAAUCACAUCCACCAUUUCUUCUGUGAUGUUAAACCACUGUUAAAGUUGGCAUGUGGGAACUCUGAGCUAAAUGAGUGGCUGCUUAAUAUUGUCACUGGCAUAAUUGCUAUGGGCUCUUUCUUUCUAACACUUCUUUCCUAUUUCUACAUAAUUACCCAUCUAUUCUGCAAGACCCAAUCUUGCAAAAUGCUUCACAAAGCACUCUCUACUUGUGCAUCCCAUUUCAUGGUGGUUAUUCUUUUCUUUGCUCCUGUUGUCAUCACUUAUGUUCGUCCUGCUUCAGGUAGUUCCAUGGAUGAGGACCGUAUCAUUGCCAUCAUGUACAGCGUGGUCACACCAGUACUAAAUCCACUGAUCUAUACUUUGAGAAAUAAGCAAGUGAAGGCAGCCUUGCAUAGGAUGAUUCAAAGAAGACAUUAA